AUGGAUGAUGAAACAUCUGGUUGGUUUACUCUACAUGAUGGAAUUUUGAAAGUAUGGGAGGGUGUAUGUGCUGUGGUCAUGGGCGAUGAUGUCCUGUUACUCAAAAUCCGAGAUGGAGCGAUUCUCAGUAUUCAUAUGAGGAUCCAAAAUCUCAAAAAUGUGACAUCGGAUGGCUAUUGGAGUUGUGCGGAGAUUAUUGGAAGAUUAGGUGCAGAAAAAGGAUUCUUCUAUUAUCAUGCCGAUAAUCCCAACAAUGCUGACACCAUGCUUCAGGUUGAGAAACUUACUACCUAA